CAGCCCAUCUUAAGUGCUGCCGAUUCAUUCUCGCUGAAUAAGCGACAGGCAAGAUGCAUGCCGCUAACCCUUCACAGCGCGCUGCGCUCAGCCAGCGGGCAGAUGCCGCUAACGCUCACCAACGCUUAGCGCUGCCUCUUUCGAGCCGCCCACUGCACCGUUCUAGUGUCUUUUCAUCACGGCGCCUGCCGAUUCUUCAGGCGGGAUCGACUGACACCUACUCGCGCCCUAUUUCCGCGCCUCGCCUGGUGCAGCAUAAGAGCGAGGCCUACUGGUUUUAUGCGGGUCUGAGCCAGGUCUAUGACCACAUCGUUAACCCUGGCCACUGGACUGAGGACAUGCGUGAUGACGCGUUGGCGCCCGCCAAGCUGGACGACCCCAACCUCAAGGUGGUUGACGUGGGCGGAGGCACCGGCUUCUGCACGCUGGGAGUGGUCAAGACCGUCAAGCCUGAGAACGUGACGCUGAUGGACCAGUCACCGCACCAGCUGGCCAAGGCCAAGGCCAAGCCCGCGCUCAAGGGCGUGACCAUCCUGGAGGGCGACGCCGAGGACCUGCCCUUCCCCACCGACACCUUUGACCGCUACGUGUCCGCCGGCUCCAUCGAGUACUGGCCCGAGCCGCAGCGCGGCAUCCGGGAGGCCUACAGGGUGGUCAAGGAGGGCGGGCUCGCCUGCAUGAUUGGGCCGGUGCACCCCACGCACCCCGUGUCGCGCUUCUUCGCGGACGCGUGGAUGCUGUUCCCCACGGAGGAAGAGUACAUCGAGUGGUUCACCAAGGCGGGCUUCACAGACGUCAAGAUGACGCGCAUCGGGCCCAAGUGGUACCGCGGCGUGCGGCGGCACGGACUCAUCAUGGGCUGCUCAGUCACAGGCGUGAAGCCCAAGGCGGGUGACUCGCCGCUUGUGAUGGGCCCCAAGGCCGAGGUCAGCGGCAAGAUGAACACCAACCCCCUGUCCUUCCUGCUCAACCUCAUCCUGGGGACAGCCGCCGGCUUCUACUACUUCUGCCUGCCCAUCUACAUGUACAUCAAGAACCUGAUCUGGCCCAAGAACUGGGAGAUGUAACGGCGUCAAAGAGACAGCGGGGCUGGCCUGUGGGAGCGCGGGCAGUCGCUUGGCGGCUACCUUGCUGCUAUCGCUGCUGGCAGGGAUCGGUGGCAGGGGAUCGGUGGCAGGGGUGAGAAGUUGCGGUGCGCCCGGGUGCAGUUGUUGCGCGGGGUGCGCAUCUGGACAGUGUCGAGCGUGUGGCGUUGUGUUGGGAACGCGAACAAGACAAAAGCACGGACCAGGGAGACGACCAAUGGCAAAAUGGGUUGUGCCCGAGGGCAUUUUGACAUGUUUGCAGACAUGAAAGGUUGAGUUGAGAGUUAAACAUGGCUGGGGAGGCGUGUGCUGUCGGCGGCCGGACGCAAGAAGGUGCCAAAGUGCCUGUUGAGGACCAUAUGCUUGGCCCACUCCAAGCAGUUGGAAGGCUGGCAAAUGAAGUGCGCAGCCUAGCCUUUGGCGUCUUCACAGAACUCCCACCAACAGGGCAGCAAGGCUGCAGUCCCCCCCCCCCCGAGCUGUACAUCCAGGGUUUGCAGUCCUGAGCUGCUCGGGCUCCUUGCGUAGCUGAUACGCUGCAAGCGCUCAUUGUCGAAGCCCA